UGCCGUUGUCCAGAACGUCAGCGAUACGGAGGAAUGACUUUUUUUUUUUGGUAUAUGACCUACUUUUAGCAGACGUCACCAAUCACUUUCAUUUUAUUGUGGGCAGACUUGGAGACGACCAGGCUGUUCGUAGAUAAGAGGAAGAGAUUGCUCACUGCCUUCGUCUCCCAGGACAAUAAUAAAAAAAAAGAUCGAUCUACCAACAUAAAGAGACAUGGUACUCUAAUGGUCGCAGUCACUCGCGCGUGCCUCGGCUAACCCUGAAGUUGGGAACUGACUAAAUAUUGAUGACAAGUCGCUAGCCUUCACGUGACUCAAGUAUAGUGAUGUAACGAUUGGAUCACGCAGCUAAUCAACGAUCGAAAAUCAAGUGUUUGAACUCAUUCCGUUGACGUGACAUCUUGUUGGAUGGUGAUGAUGUACAGGAUGGGAAGUCAUUUAACGAUGUAGUAUGAUCAUCGCAGUUAGAUUUUCUUGCAACCUUAAAGGCGCUUUAGUUUUUCUGUCAAAGACAAGGAGAUAUUUAGUACAAAAUAGCAGACUUUGAAAGAAUGCCAAAAGUAAAAGGUCCUGGUCCCAAGUACCAGUUGCCAUCGACUAUUGGUAUGGUCAACCAUGACCCCACCAGACCAAAAGCUCCUGGAUAUUCAUUUGGAGCGAAAUAUAGUAAUACCUAUCAGAACGGCCCUGGCUACUACUACAUAGAGAGAGGUCUCUAUAACAACGGCAGAGAAAACAACCAAGGUUUUACUUUAUAUGGACGACCUAAAAGGUCAAUCUGGGAAACGACUUCCGGUAGUUCCCCGGGCCCCGUGUACGCCGUGAAUGCUAGCACUGUCGAGAAGAAGACGCCCAGUUACAGCUUCGGUGGCCCCUUCAAACACAAUUACAAAAGUGAGGGCCCUGGUCCGAACACCUACAACGUGCUGAAGCCUUGGGGCUCUGAAAAUAAGGGGCCCCUGAUCAGUGGAAGAACCAAGGACUCCAAGAGUUUCGACUACGAUUUUGCCAAGACACCAGGGCCGGCAUCCUACAGUUACAACGACCGCAAUCCGGGUCCAGCCUUCAGCAUCGGCGGCAGGACGUUCAUGCCAGGCCACAAGAUCAUCACCCCUGGCCCCAACAUAUACCUACCCCCACUGAACGGUACCAGUCCAAGAUCUCCGAGGUUCACAAUGGGUAUCCGGCACCACGAAGACGUCAUGAUACUACCGGAGAUAGAGGACUGACCUAGGGGGAGACUUUAGAGGACUGACCUAGGGGGAGACUUAAGAGGCUUAUGGAUGAACAAUCUGUUAGCAGUGCCGUACUAAGAUUUGUUAGCGCCCUGUGCUCAACAUAAUUCUGACAUUUCCAAAUUAGUCAUAUCAUGAAUAUAAAAUAAAAAGCCCUAAGAAAUAGUUAUAAUUAUUUAAUUCUUACUUACUGGUUUAACACUUACCUACAACCCAUCUCCUCUAUUGAAGUUAGUGCCGCCAACAAAAGAUACCCAGUUUUCUAUCCUAGGCUUUAGAAGAGCCUUAUGUUCCCAAGACAGUUUUCUGGGGAUUUCUUUUUUUCAUUGGUUUUCUGUAGUAAUAGAAUUUCCGGGUGGGUUUGCUAGCCCCAAGCCCGGACCUCCUCCACCUUUACCCUAACAUGAAAGAGGCAAAGUGCUCUCUGUUGACCUCUCAUAUGGAAUUAUAGAAAAUGUUUUGAAAUCUACUCCCACUAUUCUUGGCAUAGUGUUAGCGCUUGCCUUAGUACGGCACUGAUAGUAAGCAGAUUGGAAAACAAAACUUGUUCUUUGAUGUCUGGUGUUUUCUGGUUGUAAAAGGACAAUAUUGUGUGUCUGGUAUUUCAAUAAUGAAGAAAACAAUACGUUAACAAAUUUUAUAAUAAUAAUAAUAAUAAUAAUAAUAAUCUUACUUUAUUGUCCAUAUGGAAAUUUGUCUUACAAUUUGUGCAUUACACCAAACAAAAAACAUUAUAACUAUAAGAAACCAAAAUGUACAUUCACACCAGACUUACAAUCUACUAUAAAUUAUAUAAAUCUUUAAACCGUAAUAAUUUGGUGAGCAUCGUCUGAUUCCAAAAGUGUUUUUUUAAUUUCAGUGGGUCUAAAACUCUUUCUGCUACUUCAGUUGGGUUCAAACCAAGUAGACAAUGUUUCACACAAUUAACUCAUUAUGAUCAGAUAUUGUUGUUUACAUUUGAAUGUACAUAUUUAGUAAUCUAAAAAAUGAUUUUGUUCAUAUUUUAUUUGGUUCAUCUAUUAUUAUUAUUUAAAAAAUUCUCUUAUAAAUAAUAUACUAUUUACACAUUUCCAAGCAAAUGUGGCUGUGAUCACUCUAUGAAUAUCGUGCCAGUAUUUAUUUCAUUCAUAUAUCUGUUACUGUACUAUUUACUUGACUGUUGCAAAGUCAGCUUUUGAUAUCAGUUUUAGAGUAUUUUCGAGGGCGUAGGGGAGAAGAAUUAUUUCUAAAUGAUGAAAUUAUUUCUCAACCCCACAACCUUUUUCACAUAAAUACUUUUUCAGUGUAAAUGUGGAUCAUUCAUGGCCAGCAACUUUGUGUAGAUUAUAUGUACAUUAUAUUUUUACUCAUAUAAGGCACUGAUAAAAUCCCAAUCUCAACAUUUUAUAUCUAUUUCAGAUGGAUUAUGGUUUAAAUCGUGAAUCUUUAAUUUUCCUACAAUGUCCUUGUAGUCUAGUAUUACAAACAAACACAGUAUUACAUAAUGCCAUCUUUUAAUUAAAGAAGUGACCUAAAGUU